CCUUUGAUGUGCUGGCAGUGAGGGCUGUAGUGGUCCUCUCUUCUGGUACAUCUUCCUUUUCUUCAGUCAUUUCAAACUCAUGAGCUUUGAGAUCUGAAAUGAGCUUAUCAGUGGGAUAAGUCUUUACAUCCUUGCUGGCUUGGACAACAACUACCUUCAUUUUCCAUGCUGAGGGCAGUCCCCUCAACACCUCCAGGUUGAUCUCCUUGGUGGUGAGUUCCUUGCCAAGCUCAGAGAUCUCUCCAGUGAGAGUGAGGAGCCUGUCAUACAUCUUGGAGAUGCUUUCACCAGGGAGAAGUUUGAAGUCAUCAAACUUCUUGUUGGCUAUAGUCAGUUUGUUGUCCUUCUCUUGCUCAUCACCAGCUCCAAUGAGCUCAAGAGUAUCCCAGAUUUCCUUUGCAGUUUUGCACUUCUUUAUUCUGUUGAAGUACCUAUCAUCAAUGGACUUGUAGAGGAUGUCCUUAGCAAUAUUGUCCAGGUUGUACUUUCUUCUCUCUUCAGUGGCCCAUUCUGACUUGGCUUUACUGAUCAUCUGGGGUCUGGUGUUGUCAAUAGCAUGCUCAGGAUUGACCUUCUGGAAGCUUGUGAAAGGGCCAAUAUCAAGAACUUCCCACAUCUCAUCAUGCAGGGCACAGAGAUGUGCUUUCAUCCGGAUCCUCCAGUCAUCAAACUUAAGAUCUGAGAACAUAAGAUUCUUGGACAAGGAGUGAUCCAUUAUAUCAGAUAGAAAUGAGGUCAAACAGAAAAACAAGUGGAUCUUUGUUCAGCAAAUAACCUAAGAGAUUAUUAGAACAAGGAGGCUCUGAUACCACUUGUUGGUCCCGGUUAUACUGGAUACAAUCUAGAGGGGGGGGGGGUGAAUAGACUGUAUUGGUUUUUAGCUUUUAAAACUAAGUACCAGAUUUAACAGAAUAGCCUAUUCUGUUGACAGAACAGACUGGCAGCGGAUGGGGUUCUGGUAGGGAGUUCUGUUGAUUUAGCCUCAGAGAAGCAAAGGCAGUAGGCCUUCUGUUAACUCGUAGGACAAGUUCUGCUGAACACAGAUACCAAGUCUGAGGAGUUAGACAGUUCUAUCUAAGUGCAAAUAUUAAAGCAGUAAGUAAAUGACACCAGGGAUUUUUAUAGUGGUUCAAGGAACAACUUGUUCCUCUAGUCCACUGUUCCACUAAGCUGUAAAGACUUCCGUUUACAAUGCCUUAGCCCUAUCACUUAAGAAGCUCUCCACGUCUUCUUCAAGUGUAGAUGUCUCCUGGGAUGCACUACCUGGCUUCCUUUAAGACUGGUCCUUUCACUGAGCUUCCUGGAAGUAUCACCACUUCACUACUCCAGUUACUUGGACGUCCUUCUUGUAGCAAGAAGAGUUUCUGUUAACACAGGGGUUCCUCCAACUAGCUUCGUUACAAAGGAUUUGUAUGUGAUGAGCUUGAAGAGUUGAAGAACACUUGGAACUUUGCUUGAGUUGGAAAAAGUAUUUUUCCGACUUCUGCCUUCUCUUGUAGAGGAUGAUGAAGUGUUAAUCUCAAGGAGGCUUUUUGCUUUUCAGAGUUUGAAUUUCUUGUAUGAAGAGUUGUAGCAACGUGUAGCGAAAAUUGCAAAGUUAUCCGGUUGUUCUUCGUAGUGUAUUUUUUAUACUGAGGUUGUCUUCCCGUUGGAGGAGUAGGAGGACAACUGCAUUAAAUGAGUGAUCAGUUGACUUGACCAGUAGAGCCCGGUAAAGUUGGCGGGUUACUAUUUUGGGAUAAAGUAUUCCUGACAUUGCGGCCAAUCAUCUGCAAUUACUCUACGGAGCAUGGGGAUCAUUAAAUGAGUAUUUAAUGCGCGUACUGUAGCUUUUCCGUUCAAUACUCCUAGCCGUUGAAGGAAUCUUUCAGUUGAUUUCCCGGUUUUGUGGAAUUCUUCUAAGUGUCAGACCUUCUGGUGUAUUUAACUGAGAAUUGAACAGAGGAGGUCUGGAGCACUUCUGUUGAGAAUAUAUCCAACAGAGACCCAGAAGGGUUUCUGUCAGAGUAAAGGCUAACAGAGACCCUGAGGUCUUCUGUUCUGGAGCAAAGAACCAAAGGUCCUCUGUUUCAAUAAUGCCUUACAAGGGUCUUCUGCUCUUGGAGCCCUUCUGCUCAGAAGGUCUUCUGUUCUGAAGGAUUCUAUCCAUACAGGAGAGAGCCAGCUUCCCAUUGACGAUGGAGUUCCUAUGCUCUCUACGCUUCACUCACUACGGCCACACUGUGCACACAGGAUCUGUCAUUAGGCCAGCGACUCAGAUGAGAUUCACUAUCAUGGGCAUCGAGCACUCCAUCACUGUGGCUGAGCUCGGAUGGAGGAUUGGGCUCUAUGCUCCUGCAUAUACACAGACAGACGAGUUCUGUGCUCUCCCGACACGUUUGCCUGAGGCAUUUGAUAUUGAUGAGUUCUGGCACAGGCACUCCACAGACACCAGACCGUUCCUCCGCAUGCACCCCCAGUCUAGCCGGUGGAGGCAGACUCACUGGUAUAUACUCUCCUUUGUACUCUCUUGUGGUUUUUUUGGACGACCUAACAACACGAACAGGUUGUCCAAAAAGGACAUCCUAUUCUUUUGGAGUCUGGUUCACCGCACCCGGUGAAUAUGGCAGUCCUCUUGGCUCGUUUCUUCCGGAGUCAGGGGAAGAGUGUUCGCCGCACGAUCCAGGCAGGGCCCUUCGUCACUACUCUCGUCCGGUCUUUCUAUCCUGACCUUGACAUUCCAGAUCUACUCCCACUACAGGAUGGCAUUCGCAUUCUUAGAUCCUCAUCCUUUGGGAACAUGAGGAUCAAGAAGAAGCGAAAUACUCAGGAGCUGCCGGGCAUUGAGCAGUCGACACAGCAGAGUAGCUCUUCUCGAGCCCCACCACACAGGAGACCUGGUGAGCCAGCCUCGGACAUGCCUAGUGCCUCAGAUUGGAGUGCGAUGAUGGACGCGAUGAGGGGUCUUCAGACCUCAUUCGUAGAUUUUCAGGGUGCACAGGAGAGAGCAUUUCGGGAGAUGCGAGAGGCACAUGCGUCGGCCCUGGGAGAGUUCAGAGAUUAUAGACUGGCACAGGAGGGAGCCAACAGGGAUAUUCUGGAGUAGCUAGAGACCCAGCGACUUGAUAUUGAGGAGAUACGAGAGUGGCUGCGGCCUAGUCAUGGAUCACGAGAUGACACAGGCGAUGCCUAGAUUUGCUUCUUCCUUGACAUUUAUUUUUGUUUGUUUGUUUAUUCAGGAUUGGACAUUGCGCUGCUCUUUUGACUUGAAUGCUCUCACAAACUAGCUAUGAAU